AUGCCGCGCUUCUUCAAGCGCCUCUUCAAGUUCCCGCAGAUGGACUUCGAGAUGGCAAUAUGGGAGAUGAUGUCCUUGAUGAUCGCGCCCAAGAAAGUGUUCAGAUCAAUAUACUACCACAAACAAACUUCCAAAACCUACCACCGCCCAGACCCCUCCUUCACCUACCUCCUCUCCGCCUUCCAGCUCCUCACCUCCCUCGCCUGGGGCUUCGCCUACGCCUCCUCGGUCCCUUCUAUCCUCAAGAUAACCCUCGUCUUCAUCUUCGUGCACUUUCUACUCUCCUCGCUCAUUAUAUCCACCCUACACUUCUUCCUCAUAAAGUACUUCCUCGGGCCAAACAGCAAAAUAAUACCAGGGCGGAAGCGAGGACUGUAUGACUUGAGUGCCGGGGACGGAGAGGGCAAGGAAGAGCUGGAGUUCGGGUAUUGCUGGGAUGUCGCGAUUAGGGCGUUCGUGCCGGUGUGGGUGUUUCUGUAUGUCGCGCAAUUUUUAUGCAUGCCGCUUGUGGGGACGGAUCAUUGGGUUUCCCUCGCCCUCUCCAACACGCUCUACCUCGCAGCACUGAUCUACUACUUCAUAAUCACCUUUCUGGGCUACAACGCUCUGCCUUUCCUGCAUCACACGGAGCUGCUCCUCGCGCCUAUCGCUGUUACCAUCAUUCUAUGGUUCGUCAGCUUGUUUGGGCUGAAUCUGAGCAAGCAUCUUGCGCCUAUAUUCUUAUCGGGCAUUGCGUUGCGGAAAUGA